ACCGCGACUCGGGCCUUGUUUCCUUCGACUUUCUCCUGCGUGUUUACCCCCCCAAAUAUCACCUUCACAUCGCAACAAUGGACAGAGCUUCAGUCUACACCUUGAGUGUCUUCCCUGAGGACCGCAGCCAAAGCGGUCCCGAUUCUCGCGGUGCUAUUCAAGAACAACUUGUCAAUUUCAUCUUGGACUUUAACAUCCAAAAUGCCUUCCUAUACAGAGAUCAGAUCCGAGAAAACGUCCUCUCCAAACAGUACUACUGCGACGUCGACAUGGCCCACCUCAUUGCUUACGACGAGCAACUCGCCCACCGCCUGAACAACGAGCCCGGCGACAUGAUCCCCCUGUUCGAAGCUGCCAUCAAGCACUGCGCCCAACGAAUCGUCUACCCCUCACAACGGAACAUCAACCUCCCUGCACACCAGCUCUUGUUGCAUUCGUCCGUCACCCAGACCCUGAUCCGUGGCCUGACAGCUAUGCACGUUUCCCAUCUGGUCCGCAUCCCCGGAAUCGUCAUUGGCGCUAGCACUCUCUCCUCAAAGGCCACAGUCUUGCACAUCCAAUGUCGCAAUUGUCAACACUCGCAAAACAUCUCAGUACUGGGUGGCUUCUCCGGCCUGACCCUGCCUCGCACUUGUGCUCGCUCAACACAACCUGGUGAAGACUCGGCCAAGUGUCCCCUGGAUCCCUAUUUUGUUGUCCACGAAAAGUGUCAGUUCAUCGACCAGCAGGUCAUCAAGCUGCAAGAGGCUCCCGACGACGUCCCCGUUGGUGAACUGCCCCGCCACAUCCACAUCUCAGCAGACCGCUACUUGACCAAUCGCGUCGUGCCCGGUUCACGAUGCACCGUCAUGGGCGUCUUCAGCACAUACCAGUCAAAGACAAAGGGCUCAGGAGCCGCUGUCGCCAUCCGCACUCCUUACCUGCGCGCCGUCGGUAUCCAAACUGACGUCGACCACACCGCAAAAGGUGGCGCUCACUUCACAGAAGAGGAGGAACAAGACUUCCUGGAAAUGAGCAGGAGGCCCGAUCUAUACGAGCGCUUCGCAGAGUGCAUUGCCCCAUCCAUCUACGGGAACAAGGACAUUAAAAAGGCCAUCACAUGUUUGCUCAUGGGUGGUAGCAAGAAGAUUCUACCCGACGGCAUGAAGCUUCGUGGUGAUAUCAACGUUCUGCUCCUUGGUGAUCCUGGUACCGCCAAAUCUCAACUUCUCAAGUUUGUCGAGAAAGCCGCUCCCAUUGCCAUUUACACCUCCGGCAAAGGUUCAUCUGCUGCGGGUUUGACGGCCUCAGUACAACGUGACCAAAAUUCCCGUGAAUUCUACCUGGAAGGUGGUGCCAUGGUUCUUGCAGACGGUGGUGUUGUCUGUAUCGAUGAGUUCGACAAGAUGCGCGAUGAAGAUCGUGUUGCCAUCCACGAAGCCAUGGAACAACAGACCAUCUCGAUCGCAAAGGCCGGUAUCACAACCAUCCUCAACGCCCGUACUUCUGUCCUUGCGGCUGCCAAUCCUAUCUUCGGCCGUUACGAUGACCUCAAGUCUCCUGGUGAGAACAUUGACUUCCAGACAACCAUUCUCAGUAGAUUCGAUCUCAUCUUCAUCGUAAGAGACGAGCACGACCGCGGCCGUGAUGAGCGCAUCGCAAAGCACGUCAUGGGCAUUCAUAUGGGUGGCAACGGAAACCAAGAUCAACAACAAGCUGCUCCCUCAAUUCCGGUCGAGAAAAUGAAGCGCUACAUUAGCUACUGCAAGACGCGAUGCGCGCCCCGUCUAUCACCUGAAGCCGCCGAGAAGCUGUCCUCGCACUUCGUCAGCAUCAGAAGACAAGUCGCCCAAGCCGAAGCGUCUGCCAACCAACGUUCGAGUAUCCCUAUCACUGUGAGACAGUUGGAGUCGCUCGUCCGUAUCACCGAAGCUUUGGCCAAAAUCUCUCUCUCCCCCAUCGCAACAGAACACCAUGUUGAUGAAGCCAUCCGCCUGUUCUUGGGCAGUACCAUGGAUGCCGUCUUGUCACAAAAUGGCGAGUCUAAUGCUGCCAACGCCGCCGGAAUCUCUGGCAAUCGUGAGCUCGUUGAUGAAAUUUCAAAGGUCGAAGACGAGUUGCGAAAGCGCUUGCCUAUCGGUUACACAGCAAGUCUGGCCACCUUGAGGCGCGAGUUCGUGGAAAGGAAAAAGUACUCUGAACAAUCUCUCAACAGAGCCAUCUGGGCAUUGCAGAAGAGAGACAGUCUUCAACUCCGAAAGGGUGGUGCCCAAGUGUACAGAAGCGGUGUUUAAUGACCCAGUGCGAUAUACGGCGUAUGUUCAGAGUGAUGGGAUAUGAGGUCUUGGCCAGGUUGUUUAUGGGCGUUGAGGUGUGGUCUAGGAAGGCUCAGAAGCCAUGUUACAUGCAAGUUCAAUCAGAUACCAUUUUGUUUCCUAAACUUGAUAAACAAACGUUCACCUCAAUGCUUUCUCAUUUGACGGCAGAAGUAUUCUGUAGAU